AUGACUGAAACUCCCCACCUUGACGCCCUCCAACGCGACGGCUUCGUUGUCGUGCGCAACCUCCUCAACCCCUCCGAAAUAUCCCACUACCACACUAUCGCGGCCAAAGCGACAACAAAGACUCGCACCGGUAACUGGCGGCACUUUCGCACCGUCCCUAAACAGUUCCCUCCAUGGCCAUCCACCCCUCCACCCGCCUCGGAAGGCGGUAUCUGGGGUGUACAACACCUGCUACACCCUGAUAUGGAAGACCGCCAAUCCUUCGCGCAAUGCUACUUCUCCUCCUCAAUUCUAAAAGUCGUUGAGGAACUAGUCGGUGUCCAAAAUGCUGAUGCAAACUCCGAGCCCCUCGUCAUGGAACUAUUCAAUUUGCUCGUUGCGCCAGAGACCAAGGACUUUGAGUUGCGGUGGCACCGUGAUGAUAUUCCCGAGACUGCAACAGCCGAAGAAGAACUAGCACAACUAGCAGCGAAAUCGCCUGGUGGAUGCCAAUCGCAUGCGCAGUAUAACCUUGCUCUUUGCCCUGAUGCGUCGCUGAUCGUCGUACCCGGCUCUCAUCGACGGGCGCGGACAGAUAUUGAGCGAAAUGCCGACCCGCAUGCGUCUCAUUUACCAAACCAACUGGUUGUGGAACUUCAGCCUGGAGAUGCCGUGUUUUAUGAUAGUAACAUCUUGCAUCGUGGUGUCUACAAGGCCAAGCCAGAGGGUGGAGAGGAAACAAGGCUAACGCUGCAUGGUAGUCUGGGAUUGAAGGCAGCAAAUGGAGCGGGAGAUGAUGAGAAGAAGAAAGUCAGAGCUACUGCUGUUUUGCAACAUGGAGUUGGGGCCUGGGUGCAUCGGGAUGAUGCUGCGUUUGGAAUUGGGGAGAGACCAGAGAGAAUGAGGGCUAAUUUGGUGGCCAUGGGAACUGGAGAGGGAGUUGGAUUCUCAUUGCAGGGUUAA